AUGGACCGGGACAAGAGCAUCACUACGUUCAUUGGUAACGUUGGCAGUUCUCUUGACUACAAGCCCACAGCAGAGGAACUUUCCGAUGUUUGCGAUCAACUCUUAAAGGAGCACACUCAAAUGAGCUCAAUUGGGAUAGCUGCCGCUAUAAAGAGCAUCACCUUUUAUUGCUUAGACAAAAGACUGAACGGUGAAAUAAGGCAAGGUUGUCUGGAAUGUAUUAAAGCCGUCAUGAAUGCAGAAGUAUGGGCAAUUUUAGCUGAGGAUCUGCGAGCAAUGCUCAUACAACUUAGAAAUAAACAGAUUUCCGCUGCAGGCCGGCUAAAAGGCUCCAAUACGUUAACAUUAAGGCCAACAAAAGGAUUUAGCCUGCAAGAAGACAAAGUCCGCAACGCAUGGCAAGAAAAUGGUGGCAAGAGGUCGAUACCGUUGUUUUAUGUCGUCCUUGCACACAUAGAACACCGUAAUAUUUCAUCGAACCUGUGGUGGGUCACGCCAGGUAUUCUGAACUUGAUGGAUGACACUACUGAUCUUGAGGGAAUUAAACUUCAGGGUGUUGUUUUGUUGAGGCAGUUUCUCACAGAAUCAAUAGACCUCACAGACGCUAAUCAUUUUGAUUUCGCAAACACUGGUCUAUUCGAAAUAUUCGAUUCUUCGCUAAAAUCCCUGUGGUACCACUUUCCGCCCUCAACAGAACCUAUUUUAACUGCAAAGAUCUGGGAUUUGGUUUUUUCUACGUACAUCCCUCUUUGCAAAGCUCAGUUUGCGAAAGACUGCGCUUCUUAUGAUCUUCACGUUAGCCAGUUCAUGUCAGAAAUUUUAUUACAGGCAACACUGCCUCGAAUAGCUGCUGAUUACAAGGACUUGACGGUGCAAGUUUUGCAAUACAUGGACACGAUUUUUGACAUUCUAGGCCCAAAAUCUGUUGUGCACCUACAGAGGGUCAUAUUCAAUAUUGGUGAACACAUCAUUCGCAACGCAUUUAUCACACUUUUCAUGCCACUUGUUCACCAGGUUCUCUCUACUCUUACCCACUUAGUUAGUGUCUGCCCCGAGGAGCGCAUUGUCGCUCACAAAUAUGACCUUCUCGCAUGCGCAUUGAUUUUGAGCGAGAAGUGCCGUCUAGAGGGCACUCUAGAUGGCCGAACUAGCGCCCACCUACGAAAGUUUUUGCAGGCUCUGCAACAAAACGGUUGUAUCUGGGACACAGAAGAGCGUCAAAAACUGACUUCAAUGGUGGCUCACAGUUUUGAAUUGCCUUAA